AGUUUUUUCUCUGUAGCCGCCGUCACUCCAUUCUAUUACUAUUUCUUAGUUUUUUUUUUUUUUUCUUUUUUUUUUUUUUUUUAAAAUAACAUUUCAACGAAGUGUUGAAAUAAUCACACAAAAAUCCCUUCGUCUCUCUCACCCAACUUUUUGCUCCCUCGCUCUAUCUUCCAUCAUUUCCCGUCUUCUCACGUUCUCUCCCCCCACUCCUUCUUUAUCUCGCCUUCCUCGUUUUAUCAAUCUCGUCUCCCUCUAAAAAUCCUCAUUUCUCUCAUACAUGCAACAAAGUCCAAGACACUAGAAGACAAAAUCGAACGACCGCGACGGACAAGUAGAGGAGAGAUACAAAAUCGGUGCCGGGUAUAAGAAAUUCACAAGAAUCGAGUUCUUUUGAAUCUUAGGGUUUUACAUAUACAGAGUAUUGUGAUUUAAUUUGGUGAUCAACUCGGUCCAUUCUCUCUCCGAUGGCUGACAACAAAGAAAUAAUUCCUCCACACUAUGACCUUGAUGCCAAAUGGGAUGCCUGCCUUGAUCUUACUGUCCGCCGCUUUGUAUACUCCUCAUUUGCUGGUGCAUUUGGCGGUCUCCUCUUUUUCAGGAGUCCUCAGACUCGCUGGGCAUCCAUUGCUUUUGGUGCUGGAGUUGGAAUAGGAUCUGCAUACACAGAAUGUUCCCGUCUGUUUGAUGGACCUCCAACCAAGCUAUCACUCACUAAGGGCUCAGAGGCUCCUACUCAGGGGAAAUUUCCCAGGAGCUCAGCAAUAAUCUAAGAUACACAUUCAACUUUGGGUUAUAUGGAAGUACGUGUGCUAGUUAUGUCUGCACGAGGAAAUGAAUUAUACCUCUAAUUUCUCAUGUCAAGGGUGUGUAUUGAAAUCUGUCAUCUUUGGUUAUGGGAAUGAAUAUGGGCAUAAAUUGCACUCACAUAAAACAGUUAACUAGUUUAAGUGUUGUAAUAUUUAAUUUGAGUGUCAGCAGCCCUGGUUGGUGUAGUAACUGGCAACUUCGGCUAUAUAUGUAUUUAACGAAUUCGGUUGAGAAUGUAACUAGCAUAUUUCAUUAUUUUGUUUCCAGAAUAUGCAGGAUUCCGAGUAGAUGCUACAUUGGAUCCUAGUUCCUGGAUAGUGAAACAGAACAUAGUCGUGGUUCCUUUACUCUGUUAUAGCUAUUGAAAAUGUUGCACUGCAUGAUCAUAAAUUAACAGUACAUCACCCAUGGAAAUUCAUUUCCAAGCUGUUAUCCUUUUGUUUUCCUGAAAUCCUGAAUAAAACAGGUGAUUUAUUUAACAACUUAAGAUUCUGAUUAUAUGUUUGCUGACAUAGAAUCCUAUCUACUAUGUUUUUGCAUUCCUAA